GCUGAAGCUGCGCUCAGUAGCAAAGAUCCACUGCGACCAAAGUUUCUAGCCAAGUCCACACAGACCAGCGGAAGCAGCGGAGAUGGCGACCCACGCACAGCAGCCCCCACAGCUCCACCUGGCCGAGCUCACCGCUGCGCAGUUCAUCGACAUCUGGAAGCACUUUGAUGCAGACGGAAAUGGAUACAUCGAGGGGAAGGAGUUGGAGAACUUCUUCAAAGAGCUUGAGACUGCUCGGCGAGGAGCUGGAGUGGACCCUUCAAACGCUUCGUUCAGGGAGAAGAUGAAGGAGUUCAUGGCCAGCUUUGACAAGAACUCCGACGGCCGGAUUGAGAUGUCAGAGUUGGCUCAGUUGCUGCCGGCAGAGGAAAACUUCCUGCUCUGCUUCAGGGAGUUUGUGGGGUCCAGCAGCGAAUUCAUGGCUGCCUGGAGGAGGUACGACACCGACCGCAGUGGAUAUAUCGAGUCAAAUGAGCUUCAGGGCUUCCUGUCAGACCUGCUGAAGAAGGCCAACAGGAACUAUGACGACAAGAAGCUUGCUGAGUACACGCACACCAUUCUGAGGAUGUUCGACCUGAACGGCGACGGGAAGCUCGGUCUGUCUGAGAUGGCCAGGCUUCUACCUGUCCAGGAAAAUUUCUUGCUAAAGUUUGAGGGAAUCAGGCUCACUGUCAAGGAAUUCGACUCCCUCUUCACCCUCUAUGAUAAGGAUGGCAACGGCUACAUCGACGAGCAGGAGCUGGACACUUUGCUACAGGACCUCAGCGACAAGAAGAAAAUGGACGUGGACAGAGACGGCCUCCUGGGCUACAAGAAGAGCAUUAUGUCUUUGUCCGAUGGCGGGAAGCUGUACCGCGCCGAGUUGGAGAUCGUCCUCUGUCGGGAUUCCACACUGUGACCGGACUACCCCCCCCCACCAGCCCUCAACCACCUCUGUCUGGGACCUGCUGUUCCCACUGCCUCCUUCUUCCUACCUCCUGAAGUAACCUGGUGCAUGUUUGACCCUUGACCUCCCUAUGCGGAAUAGAAAAAUCUAAACUUUAGUGCUCCUGGGAGCUCAGUGUGCUGCUGACCCUGCAGUUUUUACCAUUUAUGUUCUGUACCUCAACAAGCAGUUUCAGGAAACAAUAUACACACAUUUGUCUAUGUUCAAUUGUUAGUUUAGUUUAUGGAUUCCUCAACUGUCGGGUUGUUUGCAAGAGUCAAGAUGGCAGACAAAAAAAUCUAUAAUCUUUGGCUAAGAAGAAAUAAAUAAAACUGACAGAAAGGUUUUAAGUUGUCUCAGCAAGCACUCCUGUUUGAGAGGUCUUCUCUUGACCAGUGGAGGAGCCUCGAUGAACAUUUCCCCAAAAGCUAAACCCUACAGAGCCAUCACCGUGCUUUGAUUUGUAUUUUUGCUUUGUGUUUACAACCUUAUUUCUAUUUGAUUUGUCUCACUUAACAAGGCCUGUGCUGUUCUAUUAAUAACACUGAGAGAUUGAAUAAACAUGACAUGACGA